AUGACGGAGGCGGCGCUGGUGGAGGGCCAGGUCAAGCUGCGGGACGGCAAGAAGUGGAAGACUAGGUGGCUGGUGCUGCGCAAGCCGUCGCCCGUGGCAGACUGCCUGCUGAUGCUGGCCUACAGGGACCGGGCGGAGCGCACCCAGGGCCUGCGGGAGCGCAGCAGCCUGACGCUGGAGGACAUCUGCGGCCUGGAGCCCGGCCUGGCCUACGAGGGCCUGGCCCACACGCUGGCCAUCCUGUGCCUGUCGCAGGCCACCAUGCUGGGCUUCGACAGCCGCGAGGCCAUGUGCGCCUGGGACGCCCGCAUCCGCCACGCCCUGGGCGAGGUGCACAGGUUCCCCGUGACGGUGGCGCCGGGCACCAAGCUGGAGAGCGGCCCUGCCACCCUGCACCUCUGCAAUGACCUGCUGGUGGUGGCCAGGGACGUGCCCCCGGCCGUGGCGGGCCAGUGGAAGCUGUCGGACCUCCGGCGCUACGGGGCCGUGCCCAACGGCUUCAUCCUGGAAGGCGGGACCCGCUGUGGCUACUGGGCCGGCGUCUUCUUCCUGUCCUCCACCGAGGGGGAGCGGAUCAGCUUCCUGUUCGACUGCAUCGUGCGGGGCAUCUCCCCGAGCAAGGGCCCGGCUGGGCUGCGGCCGCUCCUCCCAGACGCGGGCGCCGGGGGAGCCGCCGCCGCGGAGGAGCGCGUGGCCCAGGAGGCCCUGGAGGCCCUGCAGCUGGAGAAGCGGCUCAGCCUCCUGUCCCGCUGCGGCCGCCCGGGCAGCGGAGGGGACGACCGCAGCCUGUCCAGCUCGUCCUCGGAGGCCAGCCACUCGGACGUCAGCGCCGGCAGCCGGCUGGCCGCGUGGCCGGAGCAGUCCUCGUCCUCCUCCGCCAGCGCCUCGCAGGAGGGGCCGGGGCUGGCGGCCCCCGCGCUCGGGGAGGCCGCGCCGGGCGCGCCCCGGCCGCCGCCCAGGCCCCCGCGGCCGCGGCCGCUGCAGGAGCUGGGCCGCCAGGGCUCCUCGGACAGCGGCAUCGCCACGGGCAGCCACUCCUCCUACUCGGGCAGCUGCUCGUCGUGCGCGGGCAGCAGCCUGGACGUGUGGCGCGCGGGCGAGGAGCUGGGCUCGCAGCUCAGCCUGCCGCCCGGGGCCGAGCCGCGCCUGUGCGCCUGCGCGCCCGCCGCCGAGUACCAGGUGCCGGGCGCCCCGCGGCCGCACUACGACACGCCCCGCAGCCUGCGCCCCGCGCCCCGCGCCCCGGGCGGCCCCCCGCCCAGCCCGGCCCCCCGAGAGCCCUGGGAGGCGGGCGGCCCGCGCGCGGGGCCCCCGCCGGCUGUCUUCGCCCCGUGCGCCGCCUGCGGAGGACUCAAGGGAGCCGCCGCCUCACCCCCUGCGCCCCUGACACGCCCAGCCCGGGACUCACAGCCCGUCCCUGCAGGAGGCACGGCGCCCACCUACGUGAACGUCCCCGCCAGCCCCCCCUCCAAGCAGCUGCACUACCUGGGCCUGGAGCUCCCCGAGGCGGGUGCAGAUGUGCGAGGGGCCGGCUCCUCGGGCUACGCGCAGAUCGACCCGGCGGCCACGGCGGCGGCCCGGCAGGCGGGGGCCCAGCACGCACAGGCCCGCGAGCAGCGGCUGGCCCAGCUGGCGCCCAGGAGGAAGGGGGCCCCGAGCUGA